CACUACGCCAGAACCAGAACCCGCCUGCGCGACACGAAGCGAGGCGUGAGCUCGCCCGCCGCGAGAUGGUCGCACUUUUACAUUAGAUAUGCUAGUUUGUUUCUUGUCAUCUAUUCAAAAUGGUGAAGCUGACAAUGAUAGCCCGUAUCACUGAUGGCCUUCCAUUGGCUGAGGGGUUGGAUGAUGGUCGAGAUCUGAGGGAUGCUGACUUCUACAAGCAGCAAGCGAAACUGCUGUUCAAAAACUUAUCAAAAGGACAUCAUGAUUCAUCAAGGCUGUCAAUUGAGACUGGACCAUACCUUUUCCAUUACAUCAUUGAGAGCCGUGUAUGCUAUUUGACAAUGUGCGACCGUUCUUAUCCAAAGAAACUUGCAUUCCAGUAUUUAGAGGAUCUAAAGAAUGAAUUUGAGAGAGUCAAUGGCAGCCAAAUUGAAACUGCUGCAAGGCCAUAUGCUUUCAUCAAAUUUGACACGUUCAUACAGAAAACCAGGAAACUGUAUUUGGAUACCAGAACCCAAAGGAACCUUGCCAAGUUGAAUGAUGAGCUCUACGAGGUGCACCAGAUUAUGACUCGCAAUGUUCAAGAAGUUCUUGGUGUGGGUGAAAAACUAGAUCAGGUGAGUGAAAUGUCUAGUAGGUUGAUCUCUGAUACCAGAAUGUAUGCAGACAAGGCAAAGGAUCUCAAUCGCCAGGCCUUGAUUCGGAAGUAUGCCCCUGUUGCCAUUGUGAUUGGGAUAGUAGUGAUGCUCUUUUGGGUCAAGAACAAGAUAUGGUGACCUGGUGACGCUCGGACAUCCUCCAUUACAAGAUGAAGACUUCUCAAGAUCCCGAUGCACCGUAUAAUCGAUUCCAGCUCAACAGUUGCUUCUACAGCUUAUCCCGCAUCUGCCUAUUCAAGCGAGAGUACACUUUAGCUGCAUAUUCCUCUCAAACAAGAGUACCGAACUGCAAACCUAAACGCGUUGUGUAGUAGUAAUAGAGCCUUAUCCUGAUGGAUGAGUUCCAUGAAUCCUUGGAGCCGCACAUUCCAUUAACUAAUAUACUUCGUAGAUGUGUAGAGUUGGCUUUUCGAUCUCGGAAAUGGUAAAUGUUUCUUUUUGC